UUCCCCCAGGACCCUAGGAAGGGUCCCAACGAUUGUUCCUCUGCCCUUCCAGUCUUGGGGUCUGGAGUUCUGGAAGCUCCUUCCCCUGGAGGUGAUCCAGGGGUCCACCUGCCCUCGCCCCUGGGAACUCAGGAAAGACUUCAGUGAUUUCUCCUCCCACCUUCCAGUUAAGAGAUGGGAAUUCAGGGGGCCCCUUCCCCUGGAGGCAAUCUAAGGGUUCCUCUGCCCCCCAUGCAGGAGGGGUCCCAGUACUGUUUCCUCCACUCUCCAACUAUGGGGUCUGGGUUGAGGACCCCCAUCCAGGAACUCAGCUCUGUUUGCCUGCACACUCCCAGCUAUGGGGUUGUGGCUCAGUGUAUUCCCUUCCCUAGAAGGAGAGCCACAGGUCCCCCCACACCUUCUCCCAGGAGCAGAUCAUUCAUUGUUGACACCUCAACACCCAGCCACAGGGUGGGGAGCUCAAGGCAUCCCCCUGGCAGGUCAUCCUGGGCUCCCAUUGCUCCCCAGAAGUGGUUCCAGCUUUUGUCCCUCUACCUCCCAGUCUGCCCCUGGCCACAAGCUGGCAAUUCAGUUCAGGAUCCUUCCUUCAGGAAGGGCCACAAGUGUGCUGACACUACCCGCCAUGUCCCAGCCAUGGGAGGAGAUGGCUCAGGCAUUCCCCCAUUAACUUCAGAGGGUCCCCAGGUAUUAUUUUUGCCUAUCCUCCAGCUAGAAGUUAAAAUUCAGGACCUUCUAGCCAAUAGAGAGAACAGGUAUACUGGCUGGGCAUGGUGGCUCAUGCCUGUAAUCACCAUACUUUGGGAGGCUGAGGUGGGAGGAUCACUUGAUCCCAGGAGUUUGAGUCCAGCCUGGGCAACAUACCAAGACCCCAUCUCAAACAUAAAUAAAUAAACAAAACAGGUGUACUAACAAGUGUCCCCACCCUCCUGCCUAUGGGGUUCAUGAGUCUCCCUGCCCACCCCUCCUCACCAGGAGAGGUCCCAAAUAUCACUCCACCGUGCUCACCAUCUGGCUGUAGGCAAGGGCAUUUCCGAUCUGUCUAAGAGAGAGGAUUUGACACUGACUCUCACCUGGAGCUGUGAGCUCUGGAAUUCAGGUUUUCUUUUCCCCAGAGGGCAAGCCAGUCUUCUUGUCUUUCCCCAGUGACUUGGGAGGGAUACCUGACGUUAUUUGUUGCAUAUUCUUAUCCCCCAGACAUGGGUUCUAGAGCUCAGAAUGCUGCUGCUGGAGGGGGGCCUCCCUACCAGAACUCGCCCCCUAAAUUAAUCUGCCGCCCCCAAGUAUGGGACAAGAAUUCAGGCCAUGUGCUCAGGAGCACAGGAACGCUGACACCCAUACUGUUCCCAUGUGGGGACGCCCAGCAAGGGGGUAGGAACCUAGGACUGUCUCCUCCACAGGACCCCAGCUUCCCACAAGAGGAGCCCAGGAUGGAGAGAGGGGCAGAGCCAUGGAGUUGGGGACUAGAAACCUCUAGUGCCGGGUCUCAUGACCUCUGUCCAGGUCUUGCCCCAGAAACUGCUGGCACAUCCACGCCUGAAAUGCGGCGCUCAGUCCUGGUCAGGAACCCAGGCCACAAAGGCCUGAGACCCGUUUAUGAAGAGCUCGACUCUGACUCCGAGGACCUAGACCCCAAUCCUGAAGAUCUGGACCCGGUUUCUGAAGACCCAGAGCCUGAUCCUGAAGACCUCAACACUGUCGCGGAAGACGUGGACCCCAGCUAUGAAGAUCUGGAGCCCGUCUCGGAGGAUCUGGACCCCGACGCCGAAGCUCCGGGCUCGGAACCCCAAGAUCCCGACCCCAUGUCUUCGAGUUUCGACCUCGAUCCAGAUGUGAUUGGCCCCGUACCCCUGAUUCUCGAUCCUAACAGCGACACCCUCAGCCCCGGCGAUCCAAACGUGAACCCCAUCUCCUCUGGCCUCACUGCCACCCCCCAGGUCUUGGCCACCAGCCCCACGGUGCUCCCCGCCCCCGCCAGCCCGCCCCGGCCCUUCUCCUGUCCGGAUUGCGGGCGAGCCUUCCGCCGCAGCUCCGGGCUGAGCCAGCAUCGCCGUACCCACAGCGGCGAGAAGCCGUACCGCUGCCCCGACUGCGGGAAGUCCUUCAGCCACGGUGCCACCCUGGCGCAGCACCGUGGCAUCCACACCGGGGCGCGGCCCUACCAGUGCGCGGCCUGCGGCAAGGCCUUCGGCUGGCGCUCCACGCUGCUGAAACAUCGCAGCAGCCACAGCGGGGAGAAGCCGCACCACUGCCCGGUGUGUGGCAAGGCCUUCGGGCACGGCUCGCUCCUGGCACAGCACCUGCGCACGCACGGCGGCCCGCGGCCCCACAAGUGCCCGGUGUGCGCCAAGGGCUUCGGCCAGGGCUCUGCGCUGCUCAAACACCUGCGCACGCACACGGGCGAGCGGCCCUACCCGUGUCCGCAGUGCGGCAAGGCCUUCGGGCAGAGCUCGGCUCUGCUGCAGCACCAGCGCACACACACGGCCGAGCGCCCCUACCGCUGCCCCCACUGCGGCAAAGCCUUCGGGCAGAGCUCCAACUUGCAACACCACCUGCGCAUCCACACGGGCGAGCGGCCCUACGCCUGCCCGCACUGCUCCAAGGCCUUCGGGCAGAGCUCAGCGCUGCUCCAGCACCUGCACGUGCAUUCGGGCGAGCGUCCCUAUCGCUGUCAGCUCUGCGGGAAGGCCUUCGGCCAGGCCUCCAGCCUCACCAAGCACAAGCGGGUGCAUGAGGGUGCAGCCGCUGCUGCAGCUGCCGCGGCUGCUGCAGCUGCAGCAGCGGCCGCCGGCCUGGGCCUCGGGCCUGGCCUAAGCCCUGCAUCCAUGAUGAGGCCGGGGCAGGUCUCUCUCCUGGGUCCUGAUGCUGUUUCUGUGCUCGGCUCUGGCUUGGGCCUCAGACCUGGCACCAGCUCUGGCCGCAACCCUGACCCUGGCUCUGGGCUGGGCACUCUGCCGGAUCCCAGCUCCAAACCCCUCCCCGGCUCCAGAUCCACCCCCAGCCCUACUCCUGUGGAAUCUUCUGACCCGAAGGCUGGGCACGACGCUGGUCCCGACCUUGUGCCCAGCCCAGACCCUGAUCUUGUGCCCAGUCCAGACCCUGAUCCUGUGCCCAGCCCUGAUCCCAACCCUGUGUCCUGCCCUGACCCCUGCUCUCCCACUCAUGGCACUGUCAGCCCAGCCCUCCUUACCGGCGAGAGUCCAGAGUGGGUACAGGAGCAAGGGGCACUGCUGGGGCCUGAUGGCUGAAGGAGACGCCGGCAUCCUCGGGGGCCUGGGGAAGUUGUGUGUUGUGCAGUUAGUAAAAUCCUCCCACUGCCUCUGG